AUGCCCCGUUCCCCGCUUCCUGUCCAGGACGCCACGGCUUCCUUUUGGAGGUCGGCCCCGCACCCACUGGACAACCACCGCUCUACUCCUGAGCUUCCCACCACAGCAGACAUCGUGGUUAUCGGGGCUGGGUAUGCCGGUGUCGCCACGGUCUAUCACAUUCUUGACCACUGCAAAACCCGUGGUGUCUCGCCGCCCAAAAUCGUCAUUCUCGAAGCUCGACAAGCAUGCUCCGGGGCUACUGGACGCAAUGGCGGGCAUCUCAAACCAGAUCCCUACAAUCGACCCGGGAGUCUUGCCUCUACCUACGGCAUCCAGGAAGUCGCCAAGUACGCGGAAUUCGAGGCAAAGAAUCUUACCGCCGUGAAGAAGGUCAUUGAACAAGAGGGCAUUGAUUGCGACUUCGUCUACACCCGGGCCGUCGAUGCAUUGAUGUCUGAGGCCAUCAGUGACCGGAUAAAAGCUGGAGUCGACCUGCUUAAGAAGAACAAUGUUUCGGUGAUGGACGAUGUAUACUUUGCCCAAGGCGCCGAGGCGGAACGAUUGUCAGGCGUGAAGGGGGCCAAGGCCUGCUUUUCCUACACUGCCGCCCACAUGUGGCCGUACAAGCUCAUUCUCGCCCUGCUUUCCAAGGCCGUCGACGCCGGUGUGAACCUGCAGACGCACACGCCUGUCACAGCAGCCGCCGUGACACCCGAUGAGGACGGCUAUCUGGCACUUACAACUCCUCGGGGGGUGAUCCGCGCAAAGAAGAUCGUGUACGCGACCAACGGCUACACGUCAUCGAUACUGCCCGAGUUCGCCGACAAGAUCGUACCCGUGCGGGGCAUCUGCAGCCAUAUCAAGCCCGGAAAGGCUGACGCUCCUCUGCUGCGCAACUCAUACUUGAUCCGCUGGUCAGACACCGAGUACGAGUACUUGGUGCCGAGACUUGACGGCAGCAUCAUUGUCGGAGGCGCGCGCUCUGUGUACUACCAUGACCUGCAGAGCUGGUACGACAAUGUCAACGACGACAAGCUGAUCGAUUUGGCGAAGACUCACUUCGAUGGAUAUAUGCAGCGCGUGUUCCACGGGUGGGAAGACAGCGGCGCGUACACGUCCAAGGUGUGGACUGGAAUCAUGGGCUACUCAUCUGACGGACUACCUCAUAUCGGUGUCGUUCCAGGAAGGCAAAAUCAAUUCAUGCUUGCCGGCUUCAACGGACACGGGAUGCCGCAGAUCUUCUUGUCCGCGAAAGGCGUGGCAUCGAUGAUUUUGGACCAGCUGAGCUUCCAAGACACGGGUAUCCCAAAGAUAUACGAGGCCACCCAGGCGAGGUUGGACAAUCCCAGGAAUUCGAUACUGGAGAGCUGGAAAGAUGCCCAGAGGAGGCAAGGAGCAAAGCUAUAG